AUGUCGGUCACAACUGUCAAGGUCAGCAAUCUCUCUCUGGGGGCAUCUGACCGUGAUGUGAAAGAGUUUUUCUCCUUUUCUGGUGAUAUUGAAUAUGUGGAGAUGCGAAGUGAUACCGAACGGUCUCAGAUUGCAUUUGUGACCUUCAAGGAUGCACAGGGCGCAGAGACUGCAGUUCUUCUCUCGGGUGCCACAAUUGUCGACAUGACCGUCGAAAUUAAUCCCGACCCCGACUACAAGCUCCCUCCCGCAGCUUCCGCUCCUCCUCCGGCAUCGGAAAAGAAAACCGAGUCUGCCUUCCAGAAGGCAGAGGACGUCGUGAGCGGCAUGCUCGCCAAGGGCUUCAUCCUGGGCAAGGACGCCAUUAACCGAGCCAAGUCGUUCGACGAGCGUCAUGGGCUGACCUCCACUGCCAGCGCAAAAGUCGCAUCCCUCAACAACAAGGUACGUGAGGUCGACGAGAAGCUCCAGGUGUCCGAGAAGGCCAAGUCAGCACUAGCGGCUGCCGAGCAGGCGGCCGCCACUGCCAGCUCAGCCAUCAUGAAGAACAGGUACGUGCUGACGGGGACUACGUGGGUGGCGGGGGCCUUCAGCAAGGUGGGCCAGAGGGCAAAGGAGAAGGAUGGUAGUGAGGCUGAAGACGAGGAGAAGCGGAAAAUUGUGGACGAUUUUGCCCAGGUUCAUUUGCCCGAGUCUCCCAAAGGGUCGGAUUCGGGUGAGCAGCGCUCGACUAAGCCUGCCCCGGCUCAAGGUUUAAUUCUCUGA